AUGUCGAAACAGCUUUUAGAGGCUGCCAAUUUCAUUCAUGGUGCCGGCAUGUGUCAUGGGGAUAUUAGCGGCCGAAACAUGGCCUUCAGCAGCACUCACUUGGCCCACAAAACAGAGGAGAAGCUGUUUGGAGUUCUUGGGACGCCAGAGAUAGAGCCAUUGGCCCGCAUUGAUAGGUUGCCUUUAGGGAAUGAGUUUCCCGCACAGCUCGUCAAGGCAGCAGAGUGGGUCGACUGGGUGGACGAGGAUGAGGAGGACAUUCGCAUAUUUGAUGUGGGGGAAAGUUUUCUGCAAGGAGAGGAGCCCCGAGAAGCUGGCCCAACUCGGUACAUUACGGGUGCCUGA